GUUGGUUCCAUUGUCGUGUACCCAAAAAUUCCUAUGCCUUUUGCUCCUUUGUCUUUAGCUGAUAGAAACAGAGGACCGUCUGUCGUCCGGGAAAGGCAAUGGAGGGGAUGUAGAUGCCCAAAGCAGUGAUCGUUGGGGGCAGCAUCAUGGGGCUGUCGUGCACCCACGCGCUCCUACUCGCCGGCUGGGAGGCGGUGGUGCUGGAGAAGUCUGGCGAGCCUCCAAACAAGAGCCCCACCGGAGCCGGUCUUGGGCUUGACCCCACAGCCCGGCGGUUUAUCGAACCGUGGAUCAGUCAGCCCGAGUUUCUGGACCAUCUCACUCUUCCUCUAUCCAUUGAUCAGACUUUGCAGAACGAAGCAACAGAUCCAGAGAAGAAGGUGAGUUGGACCCUGACGAGAGAUGAGGACUUCAGCUUCCGAGCAGCACACUGGGCUGAUCUCCAUGGCCUUCUGCACCCUGCUUUACCACCGGAGACCAUAAAGUGGGGCCACCUCUUCCUCUCUUUCACGCUCUACAAUGACAGAUCCGAGGUCAGUGUGAAGGCCCAAGUCCUCCAUAAGGGCGAUACGGUUGAGAUAACUGGGAACUUGCUUGUUGCAGCAGACGGAUGCCUCCCCUCCAUCCGGCAGACUUUCCUCCCCGAACUUAAAUUGAGGUACUCAGGUUACUGUGCUUGGAGAGGGGUUCUCGACUUCUCAGGACAGGAGGAUUCAGAAACAAUAAUCGAAAUCAAGAAGGCUUAUCCUGAUCUAGGGAAGUGUCUGUACUUUGAUCUUAGUUCCGGGACUCACAGUGUGCUUUAUGAGCUCUUGAACAAGCGGCUUAAUUGGAUAUGGUACAUCAAUCAACCUGAGCCAGAACUGAAGUUGCCGAUGAACCCAUGGACGAUGAAGGUAAACCGAGAAAUGAUGGAGAAGAUGCACCAAGAAGCAGAGAAAGUGUGGCGCCCUGAGCUUGCGAGGCUCAUGAACGAAACGAGCGAUCCCUUCAUAAUGUCAUAUAAGACGCUGACCCUCUGGAGAAGAUUUUAUGGGACAAUGUGGUUCUCAUGGGAAACGCAGCCUAUCCUACGACUCCCCAUGGUCUCACGAGCACCAACAUGUCGAUAUCGGAUUACGCAGUGCUGGGACUUUGCCUCGGGAAAUGGGGACUAGAGAAUCUGAGGUCGGGUCUCGAGGAGUACCAGGAGGUUGGGGUUCAAGCAACUUCAAAGAAGGUCUUGCAUUCGAGAAAACUUGGGCGGUUAAAGCAAGGACUACCUCUAGACAACGGCGAAAACUUUGAUCCAAGGAAGUCGGGUCCUAAGGAGUGGGAGGAGCUUAAGCAGAAGAACAUGCCCACAUAAAGAAUCUUCACGAAGAGUGAGGAGUUCUGGGCAUCGGAGAGAGCAAAGCUGCUUCCAAUUAUUCCCACAUAAAGCCUACAAAGCACAUUGCUUAUAAUUGACUGGGACUGAGAAGACAGAGGGAUCAGAAAGAAAGAUCGAAACUCGAAAAUGAAAUAGUCAAUGGUCGAGAGAAGAACCCGCAAACCAGGUUUGUAACUGCUCUAAGGGACUCUGUCUCAAAAUGGAGUGUGAGAGGAGGGGAGGAGAUAGGUCGGGGUCCCCGAGCCGCCCACCUCCCCCUUGGGCAAAGUCGCCAGCGGUAGUGACUGCCCCAGGCGACCUCGCCCGAGGGGGAUGUGGCCGGCUGGGGAAGCCCCCAGCCUGUCUCCUCCCCCUCCUCUCACACUUGGUUUUUCGACAGAGAAACAGGGUGUGAGAGGAGGCUAGGGCAUCCCCCAGCCGACUACCUCACCCGAGGCCCAAAUGGUCUCCUCCCCUUCCUCUCACACUCUGUUUUUGGACAGAGGGAGAGGAGGUAGGCUGGGGGCUUCCCCAGCCGGCCACCUCCCCCAUCUCCAAUGUCAAGUGAUGACGCCGGCGAUCUCGCCAGAGGGGAAGUGGCUGGCUGGGCAAGCCCCGAGCCUGUCUCUCCCCCUCCUCUCGCACUCUGUUUUCCGACAGAGUGAGAGGAGGGGGAUGAGACAGGCUGGGGCCUUCCCAGCCGACCGCCUCCCCCUAGGGGCGAGGUCGCCGGCAGUAGUGGAUGCUCCCAUUAAACGACGUCGUUUUGGCGUCAGAUAAAACAAUCAAGUGGGAUGUCGGCAUUUCAUUUCCCACGUGGCGGCCUGUUUGACGCCAUUACUGCCAUGUUAGCAUCCUUGUCAAAUAUUUGUCUCGGACAGUGACAACAAGAACCUAUAUGUUAGACGAAAUUGGAAUUGGAUGGCAUGCUUGAGGGGGAAAAAACUAUUUGAACACCAAACCACUGGCUAUUUAACAUUUUGGGGACCAAACUGUUAGCGUUCUCAUAAUAUGUAAAGCGCUAGUUUAACGGCUAGUGGUAACUUUUGUGACUCAAGUAAUGUAACGUAUCGAGUGACUGAUAGGAUAAUUUUUUUAAAAUAUUAAUGCAUUUAAUAAGAAAACAAUUAUAUCACUAAAAA